AUGAACCAGAGUAGAGAGCAGAGCCUGUUCUUCCUCAGCCUGCCAGACCUGAGAAGACUGUGCUCCGUCACUCUGUCUCUGCUCUGUGACCAAGACGAUGGGCAAAUCAGGGAUACGCAGCUGAAAACAUGCAGAGAGAUGUUAUUCCUGUAUCCAGACAUAGUUGCCUCACCUGCUUUCGGUUCAUUCGGGGAGAUGACAGUCAUAAUGGCUAUAAACUUUUUCAAGAGUGGGAUCAUCCAAGCUUAUGCACAGAGACAUGGUCUGCAGAUGGGCGCUCCACAGAGGGUCCUUCCAGGAAUGGACUUUCUUUCUGACUCCGGGAAGCUUAAUGCUGUAGUGAUGCAGCUGAGCGUCACCGAGAGCCAGCUUUGUAUCAGUGUGGAGGCCAGCACUGUCCGACUGCCACCAGCCACGCUGGAAGACCUUGACGUGGCUCCGAAUGUUGUGAGGAACUUCUACAGUCACAGGGAUGCAGUGAUUAAUACCCUCUCGUUGCCCACUAACUGGUGCUACAUUCUGCCAAGUAUGAAAAGGGGUCAGAUCAUUAACAUCAGUCACCAGAUGUCCCCUGAGUGCCCCUUCCAGUCCUACACUGACAUGCAGAAGCAUUGGAGCAGCCUGUAUGGGUACCGGCUCCCCCCGCUGGAGGAGCAGGAUGUGAUCUACUGCAGCGUGUACUUCAGACCCGUGGGAGAGAGGCUCUUCACAUAUCCUUUAGCCUGCAUCAGGACUCAGCCUGUUCAGUGCUUUCACAGAGUUGACCUGCAGGGGGCACUAAGUUCCUUCCUCUUAGAUGUGAAGGGGACACUCCAGAGUGUCUGUGGCUUCCCUGUCCGCAUGACCAGCAAGCCCUGCUACUCAACUGUCAGCCUCAUCACCCCUGGCUCACAGGGUUCCAGUAACAGGCCAGUGAAUCUGACCGCCAAAUCCGUGUGCAGGCCUGUGUUGACGCAGCUGCCCCGCAGCUUCCCCCAGAACCGCUCGCUGGGGGGGGCUGUGCUGGAACGCUGUGUCAGCCAGCCCGUGGAGCCGAGCGGGGGCAGUGAGUACAGCGGGGAAGGGGAGGCGGACCAGCCUGCUGGGGCUGCCACAGGGCCACCCCUCGCUAAUGCCACGAAGAGAAGCAGGCCUUCCCCCACCCCUGGCUCCACGCUCCAUAGGAUCGUGCCCUCUUUCAAAAGCAAGGCGCUCCCUCGACGCGGCAGCAUCACCAAAACGCUAGCGGAAAGGCAGCGGACCCACCUGCGGAGCCUGCCUCACGAUCCAACGCCCCGACCUCGCCCCGCCUCUCAGCCCAAAACAGAGAAUCCCCCACGCCGACAGGAGGGAAGCAAGCGCCCUGCGAGAGCGUGGGGGCUCAGCGGGACUCUCACACAGCCCACGGCCCUCAGGCCAGAGACCUCCUCACAGACGCCCAGCGGCGCAGGAGGAGACUGGUUUGAGUCUAAACUGAAGAAAUCAAAGGUCAAUGCUCUGGAAGUGGAUGUGGAGAAGUAUGCACGAAGCAAUCAGUUGCUGAAGAUCAAUGCAGCAACCCUGCAGGCCUGGCUGAAGAGGCGGGGCGUCCCUGUCCGUUCGAAGGACAAGAAGGAGGAGCUGGUCACAAAGGUCAUGCAGUGCCUAAGUGAACUGUAA